GGUUGGCGCGGAAUCGGAAGACUCCGGGACCAUGGCGCCCGUGCACGGCGGUGACUGCGAGCUGCGGGCGAGCGCUGUGUCAGAUUCAGGGAGUUUUGUAGCUUCUCGAUCCCGGAGAGAGAAGAAAUCAAAGAAAGGGCGACAGGAAGCUCUGGAAAGACUGAAAAGGGCUAAAGCUGGUGAGAAGUAUAAAUAUGAAGUAGAGGACUUCACAAGUGUUUAUGAAGAAGUUGAUGAGGAACAGUACUCGAAGCUGGUCCAGGCCCGCCAGGAUGACGACUGGAUCGUGGAUGAUGAUGGUAUUGGCUAUGUGGAGGAUGGCCGAGAGAUUUUUGAUGAUGACCUUGAAGAUCAUGCCCUUGAUUCCCAUGAGAAAGGAAAAAAUGAUAAAGCAUGCAACAAAGACAAGAGGAAUGUCAAGAAGGCCGUGGUGACAAAACCGAACAAUAUCAAGUCAAUGUUCAUUGCCAGUGCUGGGAGGAGAACCGCAGAUAAAGCUGUUGACUUGUCCAAGGAUGAUCUGCUAGGUGAUAUUCUACAGGAUUUGAACACUGAGACACCUCAAAUAACUCCACCACCUGUAAUAAUACCAAAGAAGAAAGGAUCCAGUGGAGCUUCACUGAAUCCUUUCUCUGUACACACCCCCAAGGCAGCUCCUUCAGGAAAAACCGCUUCCCCGGUCUCAAGGAAGGAGCCUUCGUUAACCCCUGCUCCUCUUAAAUGUGCUGGAUUUGCUGGAGAGCCGGUGCCGGCAUUGUCUACAGUUGACAAGGAGGAGUCAGGGGCAAUGGAUUUUGAAGAUGGCGACUUUGAUGAGCCCAUGGAAACGGAGGAGGUAGACGUGGAGCCUGUGGGUGCCAAGACCUCCGACCAAGAGAGGGAGCCAGCAGAGGGGACAAAGCAUGAGGCAGAUCCUGGGAAAGGGACCAUAUCCUACUCAGCAAGUUUUCUCCCAGAUGUCUCUUGUUGGGACAUUGAUCAGGAAGAUGACAGCAGUUUCUCAGCCCUGGAAGUUCAAGUGGAUUCCAGUCACCUCCCACUGGUAAAAGGGCCAGAUGAGGAGCAAGUAUUUCAGUUUUAUUGGGUGGAUGCUUAUGAAGAUCCGUACAGCCAACCAGGUGUGGUGUUUCUGUUUGGCAAAGUUUGGAUCGAAUUCGCCCAAACCCAUGUGAGCUGUUGUGUCAUGGUGAAAAACAUUGAGCGAACGCUUUACUUCCUUCCCCGUGAAACGAAAAUUGAUCUAAAUACAGGGAAGGAAAGUGGAACUCCAGUUACAAUGAAGGAUGUUUAUGAUGAAUUUGACGAGAAAAUAGCAGCAAAAUAUAAGAUUAUGAAAUUCAAGUCCAAGGCAGUGGAAAAGAGCUAUGCUUUUGAGAUACCUGAUGUUCCAGAGAAAUCGGAGUACUUGGAAGUUAGAUACUCGGCUGAAAUGCCACAGCUUCCUCAGGAUUUGAAAGGAGAAACUUUUUCUCAUGUAUUUGGGACCAACACAUCCAGCUUGGAACUGUUCUUGAUGAACAGAAAGAUCAAAGGACCUUGUUGGCUUGAAGUAAAAAAUCCACAGCUCUUGAAUCAGCCAAUCAGUUGGUGUAAAGUUGAGGCAGUGGCCUUGAAACCGGACCUGGUGAACGUAAUUAAGGAUGUUGGUCCUCCUCCACUUGUGGUCAUGUCUUUGAGCAUGAAGACAAUGCAGAAUGCAAAGACACAUGAAAAUGAGAUUAUUGCUGUGGCAGCAUUGGUGCAUCACAGCUUCGCACUAGAUAAAGCACCCCCACAGCCUCCCUUUCACUCACACUUCUGUGUUGUGUCUAAACCAAAGGAUUGUAUUUUUCCAUAUGAUUUUAAAGAAGGCAUUAAGGAAAAGAAUGUGAAGGUUGAGGUUGCUGCAACAGAAAGAACACUGCUAGGUUUUUUCCUUGCAAAAAUUCACAAAAUUGAUCCUGAUAUCAUUGUGGGUCAUAAUAUUUAUGGGUUUGAACUGGAAGUGCUACUGCAGAGAAUUAAUGUGUGCAAAGUUCCUUACUGGUCCAAGAUAGGUCGGCUGAAGCGAUCCAACAUGCCAAAGCUUGGGGGCAGGAGUGGAUUUGGUGAAAGAAAUGCUACCUGUGGCCGAAUGAUCUGUGAUGUGGAAAUUUCAGCCAAGGAAUUGAUGCGUUGUAAAAGCUACCAUUUGUCUGAACUUGUUCAACAGAUUCUGAAAACCGAAAGGGUUGUAAUCCCAAUGGAAAAUGUACGAAAUAUGUACAGUGACUCUUCUCAUCUGUUGUACCUGUUGGAACACACCUGGAAAGAUGCCAGGUUCAUUUUGCAGAUCAUGUGUGAGCUAAAUGUUCUUCCAUUAGCAUUGCAGAUCACUAACAUCGCUGGGAACGUUAUGUCUAGGACGCUGAUGGGUGGACGAUCCGAGCGUAAUGAGUUCUUGUUGCUUCAUGCAUUUUAUGAAAACAACUAUAUUGUGCCUGACAAGCAGAUUUUCCGAAAGCCUCAGCAAAAAACGGGAGAUGAAGAUGAAGACAUUGAUGGAGAUACCAAUAAAUACAAAAAAGGACGUAAGAAGGCAGCUUAUUCUGGAGGCUUGGUAUUGGACCCCAAAGUUGGUUUUUAUGAUAAGUUCAUUUUGCUUCUGGACUUCAACAGUUUGUAUCCUUCCAUCAUUCAGGAAUUCAACAUUUGUUUUACAACAGUGCAAAGAGUUGCUUCAGAGGCACAGAAAGUUACAGAGGAUGGAGAACAAGAACAGCUCCCUGAGCUGCCAGAUCCAAGCUUGGAAAUGGGCAUUUUGCCCAGAGAGAUCCGGAAACUGGUAGAGCGGAGAAGACAAGUCAAACAGCUAAUGAAACAGCAAGAUUUAAAUCCAGACCUUGUUCUUCAGUAUGACAUUCGACAGAAGGCUUUGAAGCUCACGGCAAACAGUAUGUAUGGCUGCCUGGGAUUUUCCUACAGCAGAUUUUAUGCCAAACCACUGGCUGCUUUGGUGACGUACAAAGGAAGGGAGAUUUUGAUGCAUACAAAAGAGAUGGUACAGAAGAUGAAUCUUGAAGUUAUUUAUGGAGAUACGGAUUCAAUUAUGAUCAACACCAAUAGCACCAGUUUGGAAGAAGUGUUUAAAUUGGGAAACAAGGUGAAAAGUGAAGUGAAUAAGUUGUAUAAACUACUUGAAAUAGACAUUGAUGGUAUUUUCAAGUCCCUGCUACUGCUGAAGAAAAAGAAGUACGCUGCUCUGGUUGUUGAGCCAACAUUGGAUGGGAAUUACGUCACCAAACAGGAGGUGAAAGGAUUAGAUAUAGUUAGAAGAGAUUGGUGUGAUCUUGCUAAAGACACUGGAAACUUUGUCAUUGGCCAGAUUCUUUCGGAUCAAAGCCGGGACACUAUAGUGGAAAACAUUCAGAAGAGGUUAAUAGAAAUUGGAGAAAAUGUGCUAAAUGGCAGUGUCCCAGUGAGCCAGUUUGAAAUUAACAAGGCGUUGACAAAGGAUCCCCAGGAUUAUCCUGAUAAAAAAAGCCUACCUCAUGUACAUGUUGCCCUCUGGAUAAAUUCUCAAGGAGGCAGAAAGGUGAAAGCUGGAGAUACUGUGUCGUAUGUCAUCUGUCAGGAUGGGUCAAACCUCACUGGGAGUCAGAGGGCCUAUGCACCCGAGCAGCUGCAGAAGCAGGACAGUUUAAGCAUUGACACCCAGUACUACCUGGCCCAGCAGAUCCACCCAGUUGUGGCUCGAAUCUGUGAGCCAAUAGAUGGAAUUGAUGCUGUCCUCAUUGCAACGUGGUUAGGACUUGACCCCACCCAAUUUAGAGUUCAUCAUUAUCACAAAGAUGAAGAGAAUGAUGCUCUCCUUGGUGGCCCAGCACAGCUCACGGAUGAAGAGAAAUACAGGGACUGUGAAAGAUUCAAAUGUCCAUGCCCUAUAUGUGGAACCGAGAAUAUUUAUGAUAGUGUCUUCGAUGGUUCGGGAACCGAUAUGGAGCCCAGCUUGUAUCGUUGCAGUAACAUCGAUUGUAAGGCUUCGCCUCUGACCUUUAUGGUACAGCUGAGCAACAAAUUGAUCAUGGACAUUAGACGAUACAUUAAAAAAUACUACGAAGGCUGGUUGAUUUGUGAGGAGCCAACAUGUCGAAAUCGAACUCGGCACCUUCCCCUUCAGUUCUCCCGAAAUGGACCUCUUUGCCAAGUCUGCAUGAAAGCUACACUUCGACCAGAGUAUUCCGACAAGUCCCUGUACACCCAGUUGUGCUUUUACCGGUACAUUUUUGAUGUGGAGUGUGCACUGGAGAAACUUAUUACCGAUCAUGAGAAAGAUAAGUUGAAGAAGCAGUUUUUUACUCCCAAAGUUCUUCAGGACUAUAGAAAACUCAAGAACACAGCAGAGCAGUUCUUGUCCCAAAGUGGCUACUCCGAAGUGAAUCUCAGCAAACUCUUCGCCGAUUGUGCUGUGCGGUUCUGAGGGGUUCCCGGAAGUGGACGCUCGGGGCGGUGGAAGGAAGACCCGCAUCCUCGGCACCUGCACCAUGGCCCUGGCUGCUUCUCCUGCAUCACUUUUCCUUUGGGACUACAUAUCAUGUUUGUGUGGAUGUGGCUUGGGAGGGGGAUUAUUAAGGGGGAAGGGACGGGCAAAAAUAUUUAAUCUACCAAGCAUCAGAGAACAGCAAAACCGCCUUCCUCUGACAGUAUACCUCGUGCUGUUGAAACACCACCUGGAGGUGGCUGCUUCACAUUCGCAUUGGGGACUGGAUUUCUAGGGGAACGGGCCAGUUAAAUCCAGUCUGAACCCAAGUGCUUCCCGGGCUGCUGGCUCCGGGAGUGGCUAUCCUUUUCAGUCUUUCUGUCGUAUAGGUAGCCGAGGGGGGAGAUUUAGAAGCCUUGCACUGACUAAAUAGAUUAAACAGAGCUUACCUGUGUACUGAAUUUCUCCAAAGCCCAACAUGCACGACGCGUACAUGCACACUGGGCAGCCGUUUUACACUCACCUUCCUUUUUUAUUUCCUCAAGUAGAAAAUCUAGGUAAAAGUUUAUACAAAAGGAAAGCACAUGUAAAAUAAUUUCAUAUCCUAUAGCAUUUCAUUAAAAAUGUGUAUAGGUUGGGGUGAGGAUCAUUGUGUUAUAUUCAGAAAAACUGGGGGGAGAGAUGGUUAAUCGGCGCUGGCGCUAUUUUUCUCAUUUCUUCAGAACGGUGCCUUUUUGCCAGAAGCCAAGCAUGUUUCAACAUAUCAGUCUUUCCUUUCUUACGUUCUUGGUAAGAUUAUACUAGCAAAACGUACUUCCCCUUGUACAACUAUGCUAUAGUCUUAAAAAAUACCUACCUGUGGAUUUUCAUAAAAGAAACAUAUGCUGUACU